CAUUGAAUUAGGUGUCUUCCUAAUUUUCAUCUUCAGUCUAUUUAUAAUCGAAGAAAAACUUGAAAUUGUCGGAUCCUGGAAGAGAAUUGAUUUGAAAAAACUGAAAAAAGAAACAAUGAACUGUUGUUACCUUAAAGCUGAAAGACGAAUUGGAAACCUGUACAGUAUCUAUGGAAAGGCUAUUAGCAGAAAUCCAAUACCUACGAUUAUUUUAUCGGUUCUUCUGAAUGCCAUAUUGGGAAUAAAUAUCAAAUGGAUGCAAGAACUAGAUGAUUAUAGUACAUCUUAUCUUCCUCCUAAUAGUCAGGCAAAUAUAGAUGCACAGAAAGUAAAAUCCAGCUUAACAAAUAGCGAUUUUGAUCAUAUGUUCUAUCAUCAGCUAAAUGGGGAUGAAAUAUAUGGAAGUGUGGUGUUAAGCGUGGAUGACAAUAUUAUUCACAAGAAGUACAAAAAUGAAAUAUCAACAUUCCAUAAAACAGCUUUGAACAUAAAAGUAAAGUCAUCAGAUAUGAAAAUUCAUACUAUUGAAGAUUUAUGUGUCAAAAACAAUGGCAAAUGUUUCAUCCUAGGUUCCUGGUAUCUUGAGGACUAUUUUUGGGAUAAUUUUGAAGCAAAUAACAUAACGUAUCCAUACUUUAAAGAUCAGAAAAGGGAUAUCUACAUGAGUAACCAACAAUUUGGAAAAGUUACAGUUCGAAAUGGAGUACUUAAAUCAGCAGGAUCGCUUCGUAUGACAUACUAUCUGAAACAGGACACGGCAAUAAACAAGGCUUUAUCAGUUCAAUGGUCGAAACAAUUUGUUCAUGAACUGAAUAAGUUUAAGAACAGUUCAAUUAAAUUGAUAGUUACUAACUCUGAAACAAUGGCAACUGAUAUUAGUAGAAAUAAUAUGUGGGAUCCACCCUUCUAUGUCGUGGUAUUUCUUGCGAUUGCAACGUUUUCAUUUGUGGCUACUGUCAGCGGGAAUUGUUUAACUCAACGAGGUCUACUUGGAAUCGCGGGUGUUCUUUCAACUGUCAUCUCCAUAGUUGGUGCAUUUGGUUUAUGUGCUGUUAUAGGAGUUGAGUAUGUAAACAUGUGCAGUAUAAUGCCUUUUAUAAUCCUUGGUAUCGGACUAUACAACAUGUUUGUUCUCCUUUCUGGUCUUAACCGAGCUUCUGUAAAAGGUACAGUAGAGGAAAGAAUCGGCAGUGCAAUGAGAGAUACUGGUGCCUCCAUUACUAUUUCUUCUUUGACAGAUAUUACAGCUUUGUUAGUAGGUGCAUUGAUGACAGAUUUGACAGUCAUUAGAAGUUUUUGUUUUUUCACAGGCACGGCAGUUUUCCUAUGUUUUCUCAACCAAAUGACUUUUGUACUUGCGUGUGCAGUUUUACACGAGAGACGAGUGGCGGGUAGCAUGCAUUGCAUUACCUGUCAGACUGUCUAUACUACUGACCAGAUGAAAACGGCUCAUUAUAAUAACAAAUUGACAAUAUUCUGCUGUAGCGGACAUGAACCUGAACAUUCAGAUGAUCUUCAAAGUUAUGCCGAAAUGCUUCCCGCUCAAACACUCCCCAAAUGUUUACUAAACAUACCCGUAAAGGUUAUUAUUCUCGUCCUUUACUUAGGGUAUCUUACAUUUUCUAUCUGGGGUACAACGAAUCUUGGAGUAGGGUCUCAAUUAACCGAUGUGCUUCGUCAAGACUCGGUUUCUCAUGAAAUGAACAAUUUUGAAAAAGAGAACUUUGGAAUGACAACAAUAGUAUCGUUUAAUAUACAAGGUAACAUUGAUUAUAGCCAAUCUGAUGUACACCUGAAGGUAGAUGAUAUGCUAAAAUCUGCUAAAACAAAUAUUUUGUUUGACAACAAAUUUGAAAUCAAUUGGCUUAAAGAAUUUAAUAACUUGUACUCAAACGCAAAUUUUACUGAGAUCGAAUUUAUAAAGAAACUACAUGUAUUUAUUGAAAAACAUCCGAUGUUCAAAAAUGAUAUUGUUUUCGACAGCAACAAAACACAUGUUUUAUUUUCAAGAUUCUAUGUGAUGACGAUUAAUUUAAAAAGUUCAAGUGACCAACAGCUUCUGUUUGACGAAUCGCACAUGAUAGCAAGAUAUUCAUCCCUUUAUGUGCAACCGUUUAGCACUCAAUUUGUAUAUUUUGAACAAAACGAAUCGGUUCUUUCCAAAGCUAUCUUACAAAUUGGCAUCACUUUCGCAGCAUGCGCAUUAGUUUCUUUUGUAUUGAUAUUCGAUCCAAUAUUGAUUUUGUUUCUGAUUUUUACUGUUGCAUCGAUCAUAGUAGGAGUCUUCAGUCUGAUGUCAAUGUGGAAUAUAAAUCUUAAUUUAUUUACAACAGUUUACGUCAUAAUAUGUACAGGAUUUUCAUUUAGCUUCGUUGCUUAUUUCUGCAAUUCUUUUAUACAUUCUCAAAGAUUUGACAGGCAGGGUAAAGUUAAUGAUGCUAUCAUACAAACAAGCGGUUCGAUUAUUAAUUCUGCAAUUUCGAUGGUGAUAAGUAUUGUUAUCCUUCUUUUUUCACAGUCCGAAAUGUACACAUCGUUUUUCAAAAUUGUCUUGCUGGUUAUCCUUUUAAAUGUUUUCCAUACGAUUUUUGUUCUGCCAGUCAUAUUCUCGGUAUUUGGACCAAUAUAUGACAGUAUGGACAUGAAGUCCAAACAAAGAACUUCAUCUCGGACACCAUUGUUUCCGUCUCGUUCAGCAGCCACGUGGUCUAUUACAUCCGGUGGUGUGAAUGCUUUCGAUAAUAAUUUUAAACGACUUAAGCUUGUUUCUGAAGAGAAGGUAAACUAACACAUUCAAUGUUAGUACCUCGUUAUGCUUUUGACUAUGAUAACUGUGUUACUAAUUUUUUCGUGUAUAUGUGUGUGUCUUGUUAUGCUUGUGUUAUAAAUGUAUAAAAAUUAUCACUGCUAAUAAAUACGCUCUUUUAUAACUUU